CGGGGAAAUCUUGCAACAUGGCUUUGGAUGAAUAUUUGACAACCGCCAUUGGGUUAUUAAGCAUUUUCAUAAAACAGAAACUUCAUUUAUUUGGUCUCCUUGCGGUAAUAAGUUUAUUUGAACGAUGCCUAGUCAAGAAACAACGACAAAUAAAGUGGUCGUGCACCCUUUAGUGUUGUUAAGUGUCGUAGACCAUUUUAAUAGAAUGGGAAAGAUCGGUAACCAAAAAAGGGUUGUGGGUGUACUCUUGGGUUCCUGGAGGGCUAAAGGAGUUUUAGAUGUUUCCAACAGUUUUGCCGUGCCGUUUGACGAAGACGAUAAGGAUAAAUCGGUUUGGUUUCUCGAUCACGACUACCUUGAGAAUAUGUACGGCAUGUUUAAGAAAGUAAAUGCGAGAGAAAAAGUUGUUGGGUGGUAUCAUACGGGCCCCAAAUUGAAUCAGAAUGAUAUCUCAAUAAACGAGUUAAUAAGACGAUAUUGUCCUAAUUCGGUACUGGUUAUAAUUGACGCUAAGCCAAAAGAUUUGGGACUACCGACAGAGGCUUAUCAAGCAGUUGAAGAGGUACAUGACGAUGGUUCUCCAACAUCCAAAACAUUUGAACAUGUACCUAGCGAAAUUGGUGCGGAAGAAGCUGAAGAAGUUGGUGUUGAACAUUUGUUGCGUGACAUUAAAGAUACUACAGUCGGUACGCUUUCGCAAAGAAUUACAAAUCAAUUGUUAGGGCUUAAAGGUUUAAAUUCUCAGUUGAAAGAUAUACGUGAUUAUUUAGUACAAGUUAGCGAGUUAAAGUUGCCUAUUAACCAUCAAAUUAUUUAUCAGCUACAAGAUAUAUUUAAUUUAUUACCAGAUAUCAAUCAUGACAGUUUCCAUAAAUCUUUCUAUGUUAAAAACAAUGAUCAAAUGUUAGUUGUAUACUUAGCUGCCAUGGUCCGUUCCAUUGUCGCAUUGCAUAAUUUAAUAAAUAACAAACUCACAAACAGAGAUGCAGAAGAAGGUAAAAAGGAAGAAAAGAAGGAUAAAGACGGUAAGGAGAAGGAUAAAGAAAAGAAGGAUGAAAAAGAAAUGAAGAAAGAGGAGAAGAAAAAGUAAAGAAAUGAGUGUGUGAUAUUUAAUUUGUUUGUAUACUAGCUAUAAGUUAAUUUUUUGGAUCGGGCCUUACUUUUGAAAAUUCUGAAUGUCUGUAAUACUAUUGUUUUUAACAUAAUAUUGCAUAAUUACAAUACUAAUGCUGAA